UUUUGUAUAAUGAUAUAAAAGCAUCAACAGUUGACCGAGAGCAUAUCAGAAAGACAGUCAACUUCUUUAGUACUUUAAAAUCUUUUAAAACUAGUUGUAGUUCUUUUGUCAUUUGCUCUCUGUCUUUGUCCAGCGCGCUGGGGAUAAUUACAUUUGCCUCUAAAUAGACAAACUUCCAUUCUUUCAGGCCAUAUGGAGGGAUUCUUUAAGCAUUGAUUCUUUUUACCUUUUUAGUUUGAAUUAAGGUUUCUUCAAAUAACCAAGAACUAGCUUAGCUAGUUUAAUUUGCUGCUGAUGAACAGGUGUAGUUUCAAAGUCAUGCCGCUUAGAGUUGCCCACUGAACAUUGAAGAUAACUGUGAAACUUCACAUGAUUUCCCUUUGAUGAGCGGAUAAACAGUCGGCCAUGAACAUGACUUCUCCAACAACUCAGUUUGCACCCACAAGAAGGAUGGGUAUAUAUGAACCGUUUCACCAGAUGAGCGUGUGGGAAGACGCAUUUAGAGGUGACAUUAUGCCUAGCUCUGAUCCAUGUAUGGUUUCACAGCCAAACGACAGGCCAGACGACAAGUCGGGAUAUACGUCUGGGGAACAACAUAUGCCCUCUGGCUCUGGGGAUAAUCAAGCACCGAGGAGUACUUCAGAAAAGGUACAACGACGUUUAGCACAAAAUCGUGAAGCUGCGCGUAAAAGUCGUAUGCGGAAAAAGGCUUAUGUUCAGCAGCUGGAAACAAGCCGUUUGAAGUUGGCCCAACUUGAGUUAGAGCUCGAGAGAGCUAGACAGCAGGGACUAUACAUGUUAGGUUCAAAUAGUAAUAUGGGGCUACUCGGAACAAUUAAUCCAGGAAUAGCUGCAUUUGAGAUGGAAUACAGUCAUUGGGUUGAAGAGCAACAGAAAAAGAAUGCAGAAUUGCGGAGUAUUUUGCAGUCUCCUGUAAGCGAAAUGGAGCUUCAAUUGCUGGUAGAAAAUGUCUUAAGCCACUAUUUCAAUCUCUUCCGCAUGAAAGCUGACGCCGCCAAGGCUGAUGUGUUUUACUUAAUGUCUGGGAUGUGGAGAACAACCGUGGAGCGCUUUUUCCUCUGGAUUGGAGGAUUCAAGCCAUCAGAUCUCAUAAAUGUGGUGAUGCCACAACUCGAGCCUUUGACCGAUCAGCAAAUCAUUAAAGUCUGUAAUCUGCGACACUGUUGCCAGCAGGCAGAAGAUGCUCUCACACAGGGAAUGGAUAAACUUCAGCAGACUCUGGCCCAGAGCAUCCUAAAUAUGACCACAGGAGCUGGAAAUUACAGUUCCCAAAUGGUUUCUUCUAUGGAAAAUUUGGAAGCAUUGGAGAGCUUUGUUAACCAGGCGGAUCACCUACGCCAACAAACACUACAGCAAAUGUCUAUUAUUUUGACAACACGCCAAGCAGCUAGGGGCUUACUUGCUUUCGGAGAGUAUCUUCAACGUCUUCGUGCUCUGAGUUCACUCUGGGCUGCCCGUCCUCGUGAACCAACUUAAUCUGUUAUGACAAAGGAGAUGAACUUAAUCAGAUUAUCCUUGGUUGUUGCUGGUAAUGCCGGAGCUGUAAAUUGGAUGUGUUUGUCAUAAUUUAUCUUAGGCGGAUUUAGUUUUUUAAUAUCUGAAAUACAUAUUUUUCGAGGAAAUUUGGCAAGUCUAAAAUUUGUGUAUAUAUAUUUGGAUGUUGUAUAUAGGCUAUAGCUCUGUAAUAAUUUGCUUGGAUGCUUUUUGAAGAAUCGAUAAGAUUUACUAUCUGACCCUUUUUUUGUGGACU